CCAUGCUGCCAGUGUUAUUGUGACGCUCCAGCCGGGAGCUUGUCCCCGCUAAUUCGCGAUGCAUUUCCAAUCAUCGAUUAUUAACAUCAUUAAGUAAAAAGUAGUUUAACUAUGUGAUUCUGUGGAACACUCAGUGAUAAUAUCAAGCAGGGAUAAAUAGUAAAUAUUUAGUUGUGUAAUUGCUGCAUGCUAAUGAUCUCUCUUCCAGCUACACUAGAAUAUAUUUUUAUAAAGCAAUGAGCGUCGAGGAUACGUCUGCAAGUACGGGUAUUAUACAUGGAUGGGGUUGUACUCCCACGGGAGACCCGCCGCCCGCCGCAGUCUCUUCUACGGAAACAAAUGCCUCCAAGUGUGUCCCAACAGUUUUGUUAAGAGGAUGGAGAAGAACUGCUUUAUAUGCCAUCAUAGUUUUCCUCAUGAUAUUAGUAUUCUUAAACAUAGCACUAACGCUUUGGAUAAUAGGCACGUUGAAAUUGAGCACGAAAGGAAUUGGGCCAAUAAAAAUAAUGAACAAUGGUAUCCAGUUUGAAGGACAGGCGUGGAUGGCGGACCAACUGAUAGCAUCCACAAUCAGCUCACAGACGAGCCAACCUAUCACGUUGCAUUCCUAUCGAAACUUUUCAGUACUGGUGUCCGAUCCCAAACAUAUGGAAUUUGCGAAACUUGUAAUAAGACGAGACAGCAUAGAAUGUAAUGGUCGCAAUUUCGACGUUCGCGAUGGCCGAGGGAACAGCAUUUUCUACGCUUCACGGGACGAAGUGAGGGUGUUUGCUGACUCCCUGGCGGUAAACGGUGAAGGGGGGAUCACGGUGCCAUCAGCUGUGCAGGCGCCCUUGGUGCGAGCGCCCCCUGGGUCCGACCUACAAUUGGAGUCAUUAACAAGGCAGUUAUACUUGAAAGCGCCUCAGUUAAUAAAAUUUGAUAGUAGAGCGGGCAGCAUAGACAUAACUUCACACAGCGAUGUGAAAUUAAACUCUGUCGUUGGAGCGAUAAAAAUCGAUGCCGCCAACAUUAUAAUAAGUAACAUGACAAUAGGAACGGUUACAAAAAAGCAGGAAGGCAAAGCACAAAAGAAUAUUUGGGCCAAAAAGGUAUAUCAGUUGUGCGCAUGCGACUCUGGCAAACUCUUCCUCGCUGCGCCUGACGCCCUCUGCGAGAGUCCUGACGAAGAACUGUGUCGAUGAUGAACCCUUUUAAUUCUAUUUAAAGAAAUUUCAGCACUGAUAUCAUUAGUAUAUUAAGCUCACUUUGGUGCCAAAUUAGGAAAAUAAAUAAAUUAAAGAAUAAAGUUAUUUCACAAUAAAAUCAGUUAUUCUCUGUGUUCAGUGGUUUUCGCUAUUGUGAUAACAUAAUCAUUCUUUAUUUCGUUGAAGAAAAAAUUUAUAAAUUGGGUUACUCUCUUUUACGAAUAUCGUAGAUUUUAUUCGAAUGCUUCCAAAACAUGAGCAUCGUGGCCACUAUACGAUCUUCUGUAGAAAAAAAAAAUCUGUUUUAUUGUUAUUUAUCUGAUAAAUUAUUAAAAACUUCUAUUUAAUUGAUAUCACUGUUGAUAAGAAGUGUACUUUUAUUGAUAUUGAGAGUAAAUUUCAAAACAAUACGUUUAAGUUUAUUCUACUUACAACCAAAUUAUAAAUUAUUCUGUUCAAUUUUAUUGUGAUCAUGUAGAAAUAAUAAAUCAAAGCCUAAUUAAUAAGUUAUAUAAUCUCAUCACAGUAUUUUUCAAAGCAAACUUACCAUAUGAUUCAAUAUAUUCUUGAAAAUGAUAUGAUGAAUAGUCAUAAAAAAAUUAUUAUAAAGUGGUAAUUUUUUAAGAAUAAGAACAUAUUUCGUCAGAAAAGCUUUACUUUGAUAAUUAUAAUUCUACAUAGUCAUUAAUAUUUAUUUCUGUUAUUCAGUUUUUUUUAUGGCUAAUUCCAAAUUCUUUGAUUUCAGUGAUUAGAAU